CAGGCAAAAUUCUCUCUCUCUCUCUCUCUCUCUCUCUAGCAAAACGUAGCAGAGCAAAAAGAAGAAUGAUGCCCAGGGCCAUCCAUAGGGCAAAAGCAAAGCACAUAUAGAAGGAAUAUGUAGAACCAAGCAAACAAACAAGUCCGAAUUUAAAUAUGCUCUUCCAACUGAUACGAACCCACCAACCAAAAAUCCUGAAAAAGCACCACCUGAAAGUCUGAAACUUCUUGCUCUGUCUCUCUCUCUCAAUGGGACUCUGCUUCCGCAAACCCCGUGACGUCCCAAUCUCAUCCACCUCCGCCUCUGGCUCUGAGUCACCUCCUCAUCACUCCCGCCAAGUCUCCAACAACACCCAAGAACCUUAUGUCCCAACUCCAAGCAAAUCAGCCUCUUCUAAAGCUACGCCGUCCUCUAAAGAUACUGGAGACAUUCUCGGCAAACGGUACGUUGACAUAAACUCCAUAUACGUUAUUGAAAAAGAACUGGGGAGGGGUCAGUUUGGGAUUACCUAUCUCUGUACGGAAAAGGCCACGGGCCGGAAAUACGCGUGCAAGUCCAUAGCCAGGAGGAAGCUUGUGAAUCAGAAAGAUAUAGAGGACGUUAGGAGGGAGAUUCUGAUACUGCAGCACCUGACAGGGCAACCCAACAUUGUGGAAUUCAAGGGCGCUUAUGAGGACAAGCAGAAUCUGUAUUUGGUGAUGGAGUUGUGCUCCGGCGGCGAGCUCUUCGACCGCAUUAUCGCCAAGGGGAGCUACUCCGAGCGCGAGGCGGCGUCGAUUGGUAGGCAGAUUGUGAAUGUUGUUCAUGCGUGCCAUUUCAUGGGGGUGAUGCAUAGGGACUUGAAGCCUGAGAAUUUCUUGAUGGUGAGCAAGGAUGACAACUCUCCAAUCAAAGCCACUGAUUUUGGACUCUCUGUCUUCAUUGAGGAAGGGAAAGUGUACAGGGAUAUUGUUGGAAGUGCAUACUAUGUGGCACCAGAGGUGUUGCAUCGGAGCUAUGGGAAGGAGAUGGAUGUUUGGAGUGCUGGAGUCAUUUUGUACAUCCUUCUAGGUGGGGCCCCUCCUUUUUGGGCUGAGACCGAGAAAGGCAUAUUUGAGGCAAUUUUAGCAGGCAAACUUGACUUGAAAAGCCCACCAUGGCCAUCGAUAUCUACUGGUGCAAAGGAUCUCAUCAGCAAAAUGUUAACGAUGGAACCUAAGAAACGGAUUACUGCUGCUGAGGCUCUUGAGCAUCCAUGGUUGAAGGAAGAUGGUGAAGCAUCUGACAGACCUAUUGAUAGUGCCGUUCUAAUUAGGAUGAAGCAAUUUAGGGCAAUGAACAAGCUGAAAAAACUCGCUCUAAAGGUUAUCGCAGAGAACCUUUCAGAGGAAGAAAUCAAGGGCUUGAAACAGAUGUUCAACAACAUGGACACUGAUAAAAGCGGUUCGAUCACAUUGGACGAACUCAAAACUGGAUUGUCCAGGCUAGGAUCUAAGCUUACUGAAAUAGAAAUUAAGCAGCUGAUGGAUGCUGCUGAUGUUGACAAGAGCGGGACUAUUGAUUACCAUGAAUUCAUUACUGCUACUAUGCAUCGGCACAGACUUGAUAAGGAAGAAAAUUUGCGUAAGGCGUUUCAGUACUUUGACAAGGAUGAAAGCGGAUUUAUUACUAGAGAUGAGCUAAGACUAGCUAUGGCUGAUUAUGGAAUGGGGGAUGAAGCUACUAUAGACGAAGUGAUUGAAGAUGUCGAUACUGAUAAAGACGGAAAAAUCAAUUAUGAGGAGUUUGUAGCCAUGAUGAGACAGGGAACAACAUCAUAAUCAACACAAAUGAGCUAAUUGUUUAUAUCAUGUACAAAAAUAAAACUCCCAAAGCUCUAUGGGGCUUGCCUUCGAUCUGCUAGAGGAUCAAUCUCCAAUCUCUCCCAUGUUGUAUUAAUAUCUGUUCCUCUACCAAUGUCAAUAAACUCUUUACAAUACUGUUGUUAUUAUGUGUACUUGUGUUUUGUCUUUGCUCUUUUUCAUAAUACUUGUGAUUACUUGUAAAAAAACUGUUCGCUUCAAAAUGGAAUACAUCUAUAAAAGAAAUGCUAGAUGUUAUAAUUUUA